AUGCAUCGGCGCGGCCGCUACUCUGCCCUCUCAGUAGGUAUUUCAUUUGGGGGGGGACAAAAGGCAUGUAAUUUGACCCUUCUUCAGGCGAUCUUUCAAAUAACGUACCUACAGCACCCGCAGAAUCUUCGCCACGAGGGCGCUGCAGCACGUGUCCUCGCCACCCUCCUCAACCACAUUGCCUUCAUACGCCUAGCAGAAUUUGCCUCCGGCGCAUUUGCUGCGUGGGCCCUGCCCUUCUUUCAAUACUAUGCCGAACACCUCAAGGCCCUUCUCCUCAGUGACGACAGCCUUAUCCUCAACUUUGCCAACAGCAUUUUCUGCGCGUGCACGUUUAACUUUGGGCCCAAGACCGCUACCUUUGAACAUACGGACUCGGGAAACCUACCCUUCGGUUGGUGCUCAGUAACAGCGCUCGGUCGCUUCAACCCCAAGCAAGGCGGUCACCUAAUCCUGUGGGACCUCAAGCUGGUAAUUGAGUUCCCCCCCGGAUCUACCAUACUAUUCCCAUCCGCCAUCCUCCGCCACUCCAACACACCCAUCGGCUGUGGGGAAACAAGGUACUCAUUCACGCAGUAUACGUCGGGGGGGUUGUUUCGCUGGGUGGAUCAGGGCCUUCAGUUGAGUGAGGACUACUGGAGCCAGCUCAGUGACGCGGAACAUGAUGCUGCCCUCAGAACUCGCGCUGGGCGAUGGGCAAUGGGUCUUGGUUUGUACUGCCUCUAUGCCUAUACUUAG